AUGAAGCUCUUCAUGCAGGAUCCAGCCAUCAAUAUGGCAGAAUUCACUCAUGAGAGCACCGAAGACCAGGAGGAAGAAGAGUUACAGGAGGAAGUGUUAGAUUUUGCGUCAGCAGCACUGGAUGACUCUCUGCCAGAAGUGGAAGAUCCUUUACAGGAAAUAAACUUAGGGAUAGAAGAGGAUCCAAGGCCUACUUUUGUUAGCGCACUAUUGAAAGAACCGCUCAAGAGUGAGCUCAUUGCAUUGUUGCAGGAGUUCAAAGAUUUUUUUGCUUGGCAUUAUCAUGAAAUGCCAGGUCUAGACAGGGAAUUAGUGGAGCACAAGCUACCAAUCGAAGAGGGAUACCUUCCAGUCAAACAGGCCAGAAGAAGAAUCUCCAUGGACACAGAACUGAAGGUCAAAGAAGAAAUAGAAAGAAAUCUAAAUGAAGCUUCUCCCAAGGAUGAGUACCCUAUGCCAGUGGCAGACAUGCUAGUAGAUGGAACUGCACACAACCAGAUGCUAUCUUUUAUGGAUGGCAAUGCAGGUUACAAUCAGAUCAUGGUGGCAGAAGGAGACAUCCACAAGACAGCCUUCAUGUGUCCAGGACAUAUAGGUGCUUUUGAGUACAUUGUAAUGCCUUUUGGCUUAAGAAAUGCAAGGGCUACUUAUCAAAGGGCAAUGAAUUCUAUCUUCCAUGAUAUGAUAGGGCAUUCUUUGGAAGUUUAUAUCAAUGAUGUGGUGAUUAAAUCCCCAAAGGAAGAAAACCACAUAUCAAAUCUAAGGAGAGCAUUCCUAAGAAUGAGGCAACAUAAACUGAAGAUGAACCCAAAGAACUGUGUUUUUGGAGUUCAAGCAGGAAAUUUCCUAGGAUUCUUGGUCCACCAGAGAGGCAUAGAAAUUGACAAAAACAAAGCAAAGUCCAUCAUAGAAGCUCUGCCGCCUAGGAACAAGAAAGAAUUGCAGAGUCUCUUAGGAAAAAUUAAUUUUUUUAAGGAGAUUCAUAUCCAAUUCUGCAGGAAAGAUCCAACCUUUCUUUUCUUUGUUAAGAUUGAAACAGGAAUAGACCUUCAAGUGGGAAGAACAGCACCAACAAGCUUUUGA